GGCCGCAUGCAUGUCUGAAAUUUUCUUUACUGUUUGCCAAUGAAAACCUCUCUAAAUUAAGCUAACUUCCUUUUGAAAUUAUUGGUUCAAGAAAAAAAUAGAACCUCAUUCAAACAUCAAAGAAGCAAUAUCAUCAGAAAAAAGAAAGAAGAACAAAGAAAAAGCAAUGUCGUCAUAUCCAGUUCAAAACCAGCAGCCUAUGGUACAACAAAACCAUCGUAACAAAGCUGGAAUGAUGGGUAGUGGAAUCUUAACAAAUAACACAAACAACAAUAGCAAUUCAAUGUCAAAUCCUCUGAUGUCCGUCAACAACAGCUAUCAUCCACCCACUCAGUCUCUUGUUGGCGGUCUACAACAGAAGGUCUUAAUCCCUGGUGGAAUAACUACCAAUCAGAAUCAGCCAGCUGCUUCCUCACUGACCAAUCAGAGCCCUCCUGUUAAUAUUGCAGGAAGUGUCGCUGUUGGUUCCCAGAUUGCAACGCCACCUGGUGACCAGCAGCCAACAGCUACAGUUAAUGCCCAGACCCCGUCUGAGGAGAGUGAGAAAAAAAACCAGGAAACCAUGUUGGCAAACACAAAAGAGAAAACCCCAAUGUGUCUGAUCAAUGAGUUAGCUCGUUACAACAAGAUAGCACAUCAGUACACACUGAUAGAUGAACAGGGCCCUGCCCAUAAGAAGACCUUUUAUGUCCAGCUCAAGCUCGGUGAUAAGGAGGAGUAUAAACAAUCAGGCGCCAGCAUCAAGAAGGCUCAACACGCUGCAGCUGCUGAGGCACUGGAGAAUACAACCUACACCCAUCCACCACCCAAACCCCCAAAAGUACUCCCUCAGAGGGAAUUGGAUGUGACAACACCUACCGUUGAACUAAAUGCCUUAGCAAUGAAGCGUGGAGAGCAGACCAUGUACCGUCCUCUAGACAAUAGACACCAAAACUACUACCCUCCUCCCAACUACAACUACAGGGGCAUGUACCAACAGAGGUAUCAUUAUCCCAGAGCGCCUCGAGUGUUCCAAGUGUGUUUAAAGGUUGGGCCACGAGAGUUCAUCGGAGAGGGUCCAACACGACAGGAUGCUCGCCAUGAUGCAGCAACCAAGGCCCUAGCCAUGCUAAGCAAGCUGCCUGUGCCAAGUGAACAAGACCAGAAGUCUGAAGCUGUCUCCACACCAUCAGAGGAUGGUGAUGACAUCGACAAACUGAAGUCAGAAAUCAGCCUGGUCCAUGAGAUUGCACUCAAGCGUAACCUGAAAGUCAGCUUUGAUGUUAUCCGAGAAUCUGGUCCGCCCCACAUGAAGACGUUUGUGACACGUUGUACAGUUGGAGAAUUUGAAGCUGAGGCUGAGGGCAACAGUAAAAAGAUGUCUAAAAAGAAAGUUGCUGAAAUGAUGCUGGAGAAACUAAGAGAACUUCCUGCACUGCCUGUGUCUGCUAUGAAGCCAAGAAACAAACCAAACAACAAGAAAAAAUCAAAGAAUAUCAUCAAAGUAAGUCAAGUCCAGAAGGCUAACCCUGACUAUGGGGUAGGAAUCAACCCCAUCAGUCGACUUAUUCACUUCCAGCAAGCCCAACAGAAGAAGGAACCAGUUUACACUCUUGUGACAGAAAGGGGAUUGCCCAGGCGUCGUGAGUUUGUUAUUCAGGUACAAGUGGACGACCAGACAUGUACAGGUGUGGGGCCAAACAAAAAGCUUGCUAAAAGACAUGCAGCAGAGGCAAUGCUGACUCUGCUUGGCUACAACAAGCCUUCCCCUCAACCCACGAAACCAGCAAUCAAAAGUGCCACCACACCUGAGGGAAUAUCGGGAGAAAAGAAAGUAACAUUUGUUGAAAACAAUGAAGAUUCAGUGAGUGAUAUGAAUGGAAAGGCACCAGUCGGCCGACAACUUGUUCCUGGCCUCCUGCUCCUGCCAGACUCUAAAUAUACAGGAGCUUCGCUAUAUAAUCCAAGUCUGUCAGGAAUGGGAGACAAUCUUGGGUUUGGACCUAGUCCUCGGCUUCGUCUUGGAGAGAUUGCUUCCAGAUACGACGUUGACAUAAAAUUUGAUGAAUUUGCUGGAACAACAAAUAAUACUGAGGUGCUGAGCAGGGUGACACUAAUGACCAUCCCACCUCGUAUCUUCCAUGGAAGUGGCCCCUCCCCAGAUGCUGCUCGAGACACAGCCUCCCUCGAGGCCCUCGCCUUCCUCGCCAACAUUGCCAAGGAAGAUAUAUCCUCCAGCGGUGAUGCUGUGAAAAUCAAGAAAGAGCCAGGAGAACUAGCUAACUCAACAAACCUAGGGGGUGCUCAUACAGGGAGAGUUCCCCCUAUGUAGACGACACAUUAUGACAAUUCCUCGUCAGCCAUUCAACCUGAAUGCUUGUCAUCAUAAGAUGAGCAAAAACAGACGUUUUACAUGUUACUGGUAUCCAAGAGACAUUGUAACAUUUUGAAUUUUCCACUUGCUAUGCCUGCUAUUUCUUCUAAUCUACAUCUCAAGGCUGGGGUGCUUUGCAUGAUUUUAGAAUGAUGUGUGAAGUUUGAAAUGUUUACCAGGUUUGGGAUAACCUUUCAACAUUUUAAUAUUUAAAUGAUAAUUGGAUAUUUGUUUCCUAUUAAUAAUUAAUAUUUUGGUUAAAUGUUUGUUAACUCAGUGUUUUGUUAAGAAUUUCUUUUUUGACUUUCUGAAAGAUUUUCUAGAUCAAGAAAAUUAUCAUUUUAUUGUUAAAAUAACUUUUAAAUAUCUCGACACAAUGUCUGUUUUUGCUUUUUAUUCCUGACACCCCUUUUUGGCAUUAUGAAGAUGAAUGUAAACCAUCCAUUCAGGAGAGUUUAACAUGCCAUUUAGGGAGGUGAGGUUUGGUGUACAAUUUUGUAGUUACAUAUAAAUUGGUUUGUUGACAACAUGAAGGAGGACGCUGGACGAGGUAUUUUAUUGGAUAUUUUUGUAUGAAUACAUGUGAAGACAACAUAACUAUUGAUUGUUGAUAUCAUAGUCAAGAUGUAAUACUAGGUAUUUUGUAUUUUAUAACAAGAAUGUAAGUCUCCAUAUUUGAACAUACAUCAUACAUAGAUCACAAGGCAUUAAUGUAUUGGAAAUUGUAGACAGAAUUUAAUUUUGAAAAGAAGAAUUUGUCCACCAAAAAUAGAACAUUAACUAAGCAGAAAAACUGUUUAUUCAUGUAAAUUAAAGUAUAUUAUAGAAAAUUUGGUAUUUUUGUCAUAAUGCUCGUAAAUUUUUCACCAUAGUAAUGGAGCUUGAAUUUGGAGAUUUUUUUAAACCGCCCCUAACAGUCUGAGAAUGAACGACAAUUUGUCUUUACAUUUAAUCUUUAAUAAAAAAAAAUCCUUCAUCUUUUUUAUCCUAAUUGAUCAUUACAAUCCCAGAUCUUCACAAUCUUCACCUCAAGAAGUAACAGUUUGGACUUAUUUUCUGGACAAGACUGUGAUACUUUGUUAUGAUUGGUUGAAGGAAGGUUAUUAUGUAGAUAUGUUUCAUAAGGAAUUAGAAGUCAUGUCUGAUGGGUCGACCAUUGCAAUGUUACAUAAGGCACUGAGUUACUGUGCAUGUGUUACAACAGUUAAGACUUUGUGAGGGCUUUUCACUUGUCCUACCUAUAAUCAUUUGUAAAUAUAUAUUCUGAAUUUCUUGGGCUGUUUCUUUUAAACUAACACUACGAAAGGUUUUUUUCUGUCUGGAGAAAUUUGGCAGAAUUUGUUUGAAAUUGUGAAGAAUCAAGAUCGUUUUCUCCAUAUAGGUAAGGGUGUACUUCUGAAAUAUCCAGGUGACGGAACACUCUGUUGUCUUUUUCAUUGACAAUGUGGCAAUUCAAAGAAUGGAAAUUCAGAUUUUAAAACAACAGAUUUCCCAGACAGAAUCCUAUGUGUAAGAGUUGGAUCUGCUGCUCGUUAGGUACACCACUAACAUUUUACUCAGAAGGAUUUGUUUAUAAGUUUAUAUAUCCUGAUAUCAUUUGCUGGUCCUUGGUACUCGGAGUUUGUUGAUUUUUAGACUGUUCCAAAGAAAGCUUGAAAGACAAUAGUUUUGUUUCAAAUUGACAUACAGUAGCCAAAGAGUAAUUUUAUGAGAACAAAUCGAUGCGAACAAUCAUUUCUUAUGAUUAUUAUAAAACUGUAGCAGUGAAGAAACUGGGUAAUUUCCCAGGUGGGACAUGUGUUUUAUUUCAUGUAUUACACACAUUCUUACUUAAAAGAAAAGGUGCACUUUAUCACCAACAUUCAAUUCGCUGUGAGGGGGUAUAUACUGAUGGACAAAAUCAUUUGCCAGACUUCAAAGCUGCUGGAUAAAGCUGAUGGCUGCUUUUGUUUACUACAAUUCAAACAAUCUGACCAAAGUUGUGAGUUAGGAAAUAAGGACAUAUCUUGUGAUCUUACUCUAUGACAGGCAUUAACUUAUUCCUAAAUGAAAAAAAAUUGGGGGAUUGUGGCCAGUAUUUACAUGUAACCAAAAUGAUUUUUCUACAUAAACGAAAUCUCAUUGGCUCUGUAUGUCUGGGAACGACACCAUUGUUUAAGUUCAGUGUAUAAGCCUACCUAGAUUAAAACGCAAACCUUGACAAUGAUAUGUCUAUUUUAUUAAUAUCUUAGCUCAACCUAGAACUUAGUCGUUUAAUGAUGCUUUUCUCUUGGUGUUGUCUUCAUAUAUAAUCAUUGAUUGGGUUUAAUGUUUAGACAAUGAAGAUGAUAUUGGAGAACUUUCUGUAUUUUAUAGGCCUAUGUUUCUUUCACUGCUCUCUGUAAAGUUGCCUGUUUUCACAAGCCAUUUUGUUGAUACGGAUACGAUACAAAAUAUCAAGCUAUGUUUUUACUUUUACACUAUCUGAAUACAAAAUAAAGUGGAAAGCAUAUCAUUUGCAAUAUUAAAACAUGUAUAUAUUAUAAGUAAAUGAAAUGAUUUUAAUAUCUGCGAAAAUUUGCAACUGUGCAUACAAUGAUUUGUAAAAUAUUCAAAGGAAGUGAAUGCCUCUGUUGAGCUGGUUCCAUUAUUUACAAGUUUAUGUGACUAUAAAAAAAUCAACUUUGAACUUGCAGUCAUAUCACAAAAUUUUAUCAAAACAUGACUUGCAUUCAAGCUUGAAAUUUUUGAAGUCAGGGUUGUUUAGAAAUAGGAAUAACUAUCUUGGAAACUGGUAUUUUACAGAGGGUUUGCUUUCAACUCAAAUUUUGCAAUCAUACCAAAUGAUCUACAGACCGUUAUAUGUUGGCGAUAUAAGAAUAUUCUCCAAAUGAUCUUCACUUUCCCCUGCUGUUAUUGUUACAAAAGCAAGUCAAACUAAGAUGGUUACAGAUUUGUGGUAGAUAUAGCACUGUGUUUUAUAGACAAAGUAGCAGAUAAAAAUUACAAGGUCUGUUUCAGUAGAACCUCUAUCCCAGAACUCCAGGUUUUGUUGAAAGGUACCACCUACAGAAUUUUAUUGAUCAUUUGCUGAUAGAAAUGAUAUAAUGAACAACGGAUGGAAGUGAUUUAUUUCAGAGCUCUGGGAUCAAAUUGUUUAAUUCCUGAAAUAGACUGAAUGGUAAUAACUAUUGCCAAAUCUGGUCAUGUUGUGAAAAAGUUUAUUUUUAUUUUUUGUUUUAAUAUCAUGAUUCAUUAUACCAUAAUAGUUAAACUUAUAUGUUAUGUCUGAAUGAAAGAGGCACAGUAAAUUUGUUGAUGUUUAUCAUAAUACUGUACAUUGAUUCUGAACAAAUUUUCAUGAUAAUUUUCAACAGAAUUAUCCCCACCCUAUGUGUUUUGACAUCAUUUCUUAUAAUGUUAUGGCAGACACAUAGUUUGGUAAAAGACAUGAUCAUGUUGUGAUUUAGACAAGUCUAUAAUUGAAAACUGCCCUGUAUAUAAUACCUAAGGCUAUCCAGUAAAAAGUCUACCUGACCCUAGGACUCAAGAAUAGAUGGCUUCUAUCCAUGGCAGAGUUUCUUAACAAAUCAAGUUAUAUUUGGUACCUCACAACAAAACCUGGAGUCCUGGGGUAGGGUGUUUUGAGAGAAUAGCCCUCAUAGCUCUGUACUUUUUGUCUGGUUGAUAAAGCAUGUAUAAAGCCAUGUUCUGAUCACCACUUGUUUAAUAUUUAUAGCACAGCCAAUUUUCAGGCAUAUCUGAUAUACAUUAUAAGAAUUGUUAUCAACUUGCAUUAUUAUAGAAAUGUGGUCAUCUUAGUUUGACUGUAGAUGGUGGUGUUGUUGUUGUGGUAUUUUUUUCUAGAUUUUGUGUCAUUAUUGUGCUGUAUACAAUACUGGCACCAAAACUGUACCACACUAUAUUAAAAGCUUGGAUGUAUUCCAUGAUAAAAAUAAAUUGGUUGAAACCA